AUUUAUUACGCGCUCUUAUAAAUUAUACAUGUCUACAUUAAUUACCACAACCUCCACUUUAAAAUCAUUCGUCGCCGCCUCUUUUGGUAUCAUCGGAACACAGAAGGCAAUGGGCUCGAAUGAGGAAAUCCUAAGUGCUCUGAAGAUCCUCCAGAAGUACAAUUUAAAAGAAUCGGAGCUUGCUUUAAAACAAGAAGCUGGUCUCAUUAAUGAAAAAAUUGCUGAGGAAUUUCUGAAAUUUAAAGCUCAAGUAAAGGAUGAACCAGAGAACUUUUGCGCUAACUACCAGUCUGUUCUCACAUUUAUGGAUUCGGUUCCUGAUGUGCAUAAAGUGGAGUUGUCUACGUUACUCUUCCCUAUAUUUGUCCAUAUGUAUCUCCGUCUCAUCAGUGGAAACAUUUGUGGAGAGGCCAAAAAGUUCCUCAUAACUUUCAGGAAAUAUCAAGAAGAUUUUUACCAGUCAGAUAUUAAUAUGCUAUCGAACAUUACUAGUUCACAACACUUGUCAAUGAAUCCUUUGAUUGAAUCGUUUAGAGCUUCCGAGUUUGUUGUCAGUGUUUCGGCCGAGUCUUAUUCACUUCUGCGUCAGUUUCUUCAAGAUAAAGAAAUGAAUGUCAUUCAAAGUAUUUUAAAGGAACAGUUAUCACUUGAAAUCGUCAAUGGCCCUCCUAGGUCAAAGCUCCAAGUCGAUUGCCGUCGUGGUGCUUUAUUUGGCGAGGCUCACUUUGACGCUAACAAAGAACCUGUUUUGUAUGGCCUUCUAAGAGAUCCUACAUUAGACUUACCAGCCGAAAUGGAUACUGAUCCUAGCUUCAAUGACAUUGAUGGGAGCAAUGUAGAUAAUAACGAAGAUAACGGGGAUCAGAGUGUUGCGAAAAAGAAAAAACGGAGGGAUGGUAUGACGUCAGGUUCUGGACAUCCUGGUAGACCAUCUCUUUCGAAAGAUGUUAGCAAGUCUGACUCCAACUCUCCAGCUCUUGAUCGAAUUCCCCUGCCUAAGCUGCGCGAGUCAUACAUUGAAAGCAAACAAGCUCUUUCACGAGAGAUAUCUACUCUCCUACGUAAUUAUCAACAGCGAAAUCCACAAAAGUCAUCAAUCGGUACAAGCACAGUCCUUUAUACAAUAUGCAAUGCUCAGGCUGGUGAGUCAACCCUAGCUAUUCGAAGAGGUGGUGUUACAUGUUGCAGUUUCAGUGAUGACUCAUCACAACUAGCUGCUGGAUUCGGAUCAGGUCGUAUCCGUGUUUGGUCUUUAGGCCCCGAAUCAUUAAGGCGUAUGCUUCCGGCUUCAGAGUUGAGCUUACUGGAUAAAGAUGACUCUAGAGUAAAAACUAAUAUGUUAUAUGACGAAAAUGAUGAGACCCACCUAACACGGGAUCUGCUAGGUCAUCUUGGUAGUGUGUUCGGUGUUGCGUUUAGUCCUGACCGACAACUCAUUGCUUCAGCUAGCUCAGAUGGCACUGUCCGAUUAUGGUCCACAUUAAUGUGGGGUGGUGCUCUAACUGCAUGGCGUGAUCAUCUUCUACCUGUUUGGUGUGUUACUUGGGCUCCCACAUAUGGUCACUAUAUAGCGACAGGAGGAGCUGAUCGUAGUGCACAUUUGUAUGCAACUGAUCAUGCACCAGAUGCUUUACGUGUUUUUGUUGGACAUAAAGGAGAUGUGACGUCAGUGUGUAUACAUCCAAAUGUUAAUUAUCUUGCAACUGGCAGCGCUGAUCGAGCUGUACGCUUAUUUGAUGUUCGUUCUGGAAAGCUAACAAGGAUCUAUACAGGUCAUAAGGGUUCUGUUCAGAGUCUGGCGUUUUCACCUUGUGGUCGUUACCUGGCUAGUGGAGGUUGGUGUGGUACUACAUGUCUUUGGGACUUAGGGUCCGGACAACAGGUUGGUCAGCUUGGAGGUUAUUCGGCAUCUAGGACUUCUGUAAAUCAGCCAAGUAGUGAUUGUGACUCUCAGGAAGCUAACUCAGACUCAAGUCAGUGGUUGACUGGUCCGGUUGUAUCUCUCGCAUUUUGUCCGGGUAAUUCAGGACGUUUGGCUUCGGGUGGUCUAGAGGGAGCUCUACGAAUAUGGAAUACAGUUAGUGGUUGGUCAACGACUGUUACUACUCCAGCUACUGGUAAUAACGAUGAUAAAAACGCCAAAACUAAUCUUUUGGCGUUGCAUCGAUUCACUAAACAGCAGUUCGUCCGUCAAAACUCUAAAAUUAAUAAAAGCAGUGGAGUCGGAGGUCAUAAUGUUUUAGGAUAUUAUUCUUCAGCGACUGGUCCUGAUGUUUCUGAUGCAUGUGCUAAUGAAGUGUUUUUCACUAGACGUACCUCAGUCCUCGGACUACACUAUGUUCAUCCUUAUUUGCUUUUGGCAGCUGGACCAUAUAACCAAACCUGAUUGCUCUAAGUAGGUAUUCUUAAUGUACAGUUGAUUUUUAUAUUUAAUUCUCAAACAUUAUUUCGACACUUAUUGUUUAGAUGUAUUUUAUGCUACUGCAUUUCCAUAAAAGUAGUUUAUGUUAUGUCUCUAAUAUUUCCUAGGCAUCAGUGGUUUUUAUACGUUCGUUACUACGAUAUUUCAUUUACCUAUCCUCGAUUUUCCGAUUGUUUCAUUAAACUACUUUGUAAUCAACCAGCAUCAUGUACAAAGUGUAAAUUGAUUUUUCAAACAGAGAUACUUGUUUUUUAUUGUACUGAUGUUUACACCUAGUAAUGUCAUGCAGUCGUAAUCAACAUGGGGUCUGGCACAAAUAUAAAGUAACUCAAUUUACAAUUAAGUCAUCAAUAAUGGCAACAAUAUAUUUCGAAUAAAUUGAAUGGAAGCGUGAUUAUUAAAACUUAGGAUUCAGAGGAAGACCCGUACUGGCAAAAUAUGUUCCACUGCAACCAACUUUGAUUCAUGUCACUAAGAGUCUGUCACUAUAGAUUAUCUUGAAGAUGUAAACCUAGAAAUCCCCAUCUCCUGAGACAGUCAUGAAUUGAUCCCAUGUCCUAAGUUUGUUCGCCCCGAACUUUUUUCGACUUAAUGCAAUGUUAGCGACUAUUGUAAGUUGGUGUACGUGGCGGUUAAGCAUCCUAAACUCACCUUUAAUUAUGAUCCUACAUCAUCUACUGAAGACAUUCUCAAUGGUAUGCUGUUUAUGGUUCAGAACAAACAUACAAUGAAAAGUGGGGGAGCUUCAAAGUCAAGCUUAGAAAGUUGGUUACAGAUUGUUUGAUGGGUUUAUGACGCUGUUCUCUCAGGAUUAUCUUGCACUUCAC